GAAGAUGAAAGGCAAUAUGGGAUUGACUGGGAUGGUCCUGUACCGAACAGUGAUGACAAUGACUAUUCUCAUGUUGAAGUCCCAAACACUGAAAUUGAAAUGACAGAAACUCAGAAAAUGCAUCUGAAUUCAUUAGUGCAACCCUUGGCAGACAGUGAUUGUUAUGGAAUUGAUUUAUACAUGCAAGUACGAAACUUCCUACUUAACCUGAAUUGA